GCGUGAGUGUCUCUGCCCAUGCUUCGGGUCGUGCUUCGGGGGCUUGGGCACUCAGUCCUACGGGGGCCCCAUCUUCGGGCCUCUGCCUUGGGGAGCCGCGGCUGCUGUAAUGGCGGCAGCGAUGGCGAAGGGCGCCUCGGGCCCCCGCGUGCCCAAGACGGCCGUGCCUGCUUCACGACUCCUAUCUUUUACGUGAACGCGGCGCCGCACAUCGGACACCUGUACUCGGCGCUGCUGGCCGAUGCGCUGGCCCGCUACCACCGCCUCCGGGCCGCGCCGUCCACGGGCCCGGGCUCUGCCGCCCCGCUCGUCCGUUUCUCCACGGGCACCGACGAGCACGGGCUGAAGAUCCAGCAGGCGGCCGCCGCAGCGGGCUUGACCCCGUUGGAGCUCUGCGACCGGGUGUCCGCCCAGUUCCGGGAGCUCUUCCAGGAGGCCGGCGUCUCCGUUAACGACUUCCUCCGCACCACGGAGGCCCGGCAUCGGCGGGCGGUGCACCACUUCUGGGGGGUCCUGCGCGCCCGGGGGCUGCUCUACAAGGGGCUCUACGAGGGCUGGUAUUGCGCGUCCGAUGAGUGCUUCCUGCCCGAGGCCAAAGUCACCUGGCGCCUGGGCCCCGACGGGGAAAGCCGCCCCGUAGCGCUGGAGAGCGGGCAUCCAGUCUGUUGGAUGAAAGAGGAAAACUACAUCUUCAGACUCUCCCAGUUUAGGGAGCCUCUUCGGCAGUGGCUCCGGGACGACCCUCAGGCCAUCACUCCUGAACCUUUCCGCCACAUUGUCCUCCAGUGGCUAGAGGAGGACCUGCCGGAUCUCUCCGUUUCUCGGGGCACUAGCCAUUUGCACUGGGGCCUCCCCGUACCUGGUGACCCAAUGCAGACCAUCUACGUGUGGGUCGAUGCCCUGGUCAGCUACCUCACUGUCAUAGGUUACCCUGACUCGGAACAGCAGAUCUGGUGGCCCACCACCCACCACAUCAUAGGCAAAGACAUCCUUAAGUUUCAUGCUAUCUAUUGGCCUGCUUUGCUCCUGGGAGCAGGGAUGACACCCCCUCAUCGUAUAUAUGUACACUCCCACUGGACAGUACAGGGCCAGAAGAUGUCCAAGAGCCUGGGCAAUGUGGUUGAUCCCUGGACUUGUCUGGAUAGGUUUACUGUAGAUGGCUUUCGUUACUUCCUUCUAAGGCAAGGUGUCCCUAACUGGGAUUGUGACUACUAUGAAAAGAAAGUAGUCAAGUUACUUGAUGCUGAGCUGGCAGAUGCACUGGGGGGGCUCCUGAAUCGAUGCACCGCCACUAGCCUGAAUCCUACUGGGAUCUUCCCAGAAUUCUGCACCUCCUGUUUCCCUUCUGUGGAGGGUGUAAUGGUAGCUCCAACAAAGGCACAAUCUGAGGACUAUGCUUUGGUGAGGUCAGUGUCAGCUUUGCCCUUACAGGUGGAGAACUACUACGAGAAUUUUCAAAUCUACAAGGCCUUGGAAGCAGUGUCCGCUUGUGUCCGUCAGACUAAUAACUUUGUCCAGCGGAACGCACCUUGGAAGCUUAACAGGGAGAACUUGGCUGAUGCUCGAUGGCUAGACACAGUAAUACAUGUAACACUAGAGUGCCUUCGAGUCUUUGGGACAUUGCUUCAGCCAGUUACCCCAGCACUAGCUGACAAGCUUCUUUCUAGGCUAGGUAUCUCUGAAACUGAGAGGGGCCUUCGGGGUAUCUGCUUUCUUCCUCGAUACUAUGGGCAACCUUGUCCAUUUGAGGGGAGAAAACUGGGACCUGACACUGGACUCUUGUUUCCAAGACUGGACAAAUCUAGGUCACGGUUGGCAAAAGAUGCCAGAUUUUAA